AGUGUGGAUGGUUAGCAUUUUUGACUUUGAUCCGCAGGACAGGCUUCAGUCAGCGUCUCAGUGUCCAACAGUGUGAUCCAGGAGAACGUGGACAUUGGUAUGGUGUACCAGAUAUUUGCAGAUGAAAUCCUCGGUUCUGGCCAGUUCGGAGUGGUGUAUGGGGGGAAGCACAGGAAGACGGGGCGCGACGUGGCGGUGAAGGUGAUUGACAAGCUGCGCUUCCCCACCAAGCAGGAGAGCCAGCUGAGGAACGAGGUGGCCAUACUGCAGGUGACCACCAGAGGGAGACGCAGAUACACAUUUUCAACGGGUCUCCCACUACAAGUCUAGUUCAUCAGCUAAUUGUGGCUGGUGACUUACUGCCGCCACACAAGUGUUGCAUCCCAAAUGGCACAGUAUUUUUACCCUGGUAAAAAGUUGUGCGAUAUGUAAGGAAUGGGGUGCCAUUUGGCAUUCAAACCUCGAAUACACUACACGCUAUCAGCAACAAAAGAGGGAUCAAAUUAAGAUCCAACAUCUGUACAGGCCACGAGGGUCCAUUUUUACAUCAUGGGGUCGUCAUGCCAACUGCAUUCAAUUACAUUGGCAGGUUUUGCAGCAUCGUUAUCAUCUCUAUGGGGUGUAGUUAGAUAAAGGUCAAAUGACAAGUAAACACUGCCUUCACACUAUACUCUAACUAACUGAUACUCAUUCUAGAUCUCUCGCACUCUUCCAUCCCCCUCCGCUCUACCUCUCUGUUUCUUUCUCUCCCUCCCUGUGUGUCACUUCCCCUUCUUCUUCUGCCCGUUCUCUCUCUUC